UUCAGAGGGAGAACAUCUGCCUCCCGUUCCGAAGGUACCAGGUUCCAUUCCCCUGAAUCUCCAGCAAAGGUGAUGUGAAAGGCUUCAAUCCAAGACUGUGGAAAGACUACCCGUCUGAGCGGACAGUGCAGACCACGAUGGACCAAGGGGCCGAUUCAGUGUCAAGUGGUUUCCGUGGGUGGUUGUGAAAGCUGCGGGCAGUUUUCUGUCUGAUCAGCCAGAAGAUGGGAUAGCUCCUUCCCCACCCCUACUGCUGAAAUAAUAUAAACACUGUAAAUGUGUCUGUUUCUUAAGGGAGAAAGCGGAGGCGGGGGAUAAAUCUCUUCCCUGGAAAAGCGAUAGAUAUAGCAUCUCUCAGGCGGACGGAGUAAAAACCUUUCAGUUUGAUCGAGUCUUUCAGGCAGAAGAAAACACCUCUGCCGUUUAUAACGAAGUGGCCGAUCCGAUAAUCAAGUCUGCCAUUCAAGGCUAUCAUGGCACGAUUUUUGCUUACGGCCAGACUGCUUCGGGCAAGACCCAUACAAUGCUGGGAACGGAGAGUUCUCCUGGGAUUUUACGCAUGGGGAUUGAAGACGUCUUCAGGACCAUCUGUGGCACGCCGGAUCGGGAGUUCUUGCUUCGCAUCUCCUACAUGGAAAUCUACAACGAGACCAUAAAAGACCUGCUGUGCAAUGACAUCACCAAGAAGAAACCUCUCGUGGUCCGGGAAGACAUCAAUAGGACUGUCUAUGUGGAAGAUCUGAUCGAAGAGGUGGUGGUUUCUCCGGAGGAAGCCAUGAGGUGGCUGCAGAAAGGCGAAAAAAACAGACACUAUGGAGAGACCAAAAUGAGUGCAAAAAGCAGCCGUUCACAUACGAUCUUCCGAAUGAUUAUCGAAAGCAAAGAGGACGAUUCUUCCAGUUCCGAUGGUGAUGGGGCCGUCAUGGUGUCACACUUAGCCAUCUCGCUCCUGGAACUUCCUUACAGGCACCUGUCGCUCAGCGGCCGCACCCGCACGCACACCCUCACUGCAUCCUCGCUGGCCAUCGCAGCAGCCGCUCGCGAGCCUCCCUCUUGCAGCGCUGCAGUCCCAGCGUUUGAAUCCGUUCUUAUUGGCCGCGCUUCUUACGUCCCGCCUCCUCGGUGGACUCGUCAAGCUGCAACGUCUAACACAGUUUCUACUAUCUGA